CUAUGACUGACGGCUUCGCCUUGGCGAAGUCGCUGACUGUCUAGCUGGGCGGAUUUAGUCGUGAGGCGUACCAGCGAGCACAAAGAAAGCCUCGUGUAGACGUGUGCCCUGUCCUACAGCUUUUGCUUCACGGUGGUACAAAAAGCCAAAAAGGAAAGAAGACCGAUUCACGCCGGUGUGUCUGGAUUUCUCCUUGUAUUGGAGGUGACCGAAAUCUGAUUUAAAAAAAAUUUUUGGAGGGUGUAAGAGGUGGAGCUCAAAGUUGGAAUAGCUGCAGUGUUCUAUAACAACGGGAAGGAAAGGAGAGAAGUCGAGGACUGUGGCAUUCCGGUGGUUGUCAGCCUCCAACUGCUGUCAGGUGUGCAAAAAGACAUCCACAGCAGAAAGUAUUUGAUAGAUGGGCACAAUGAAGAUUCAGGAGAUUGCAGAUCUUCAAAAUCAGUCUGCAUUGUGAUGGUUUAAUGGGAUAUAGAAUUUACUAGUUCAAACCAAAAAGGUGCCCAGCAGCCUUUUCAAAAAGAUCAUUUUGAAUAGUUGACUCUCUUUUUAUUUUUUUUCUGGUUUCAGCAUCCUUUACAAAAACUGCCCUGUUUCACUGAAACACUUGUGUUUAUCUAUGAUGCAAUACUGGAAGGUUUGAAGACGGAGUUAUUCUUUUUUCUAUAUUAAAAUUUUGUUCCAGCUUCUUCGAAAAAGCUUUCAAAAUGAGUGCAGAGGGAUACCAGUACAGAGCGCUCUAUGACUACAAAAAGGAGGCAAAGGAUGAUAUUGAUUUGCAUGUUGGAGACAUUUUACUUGUUAGUAAGGGCACUUUGCUGGCUCUUGGAUAUUGUGAUGGAUUUGAAGAAAGGCCCGAUGAAAUGGGCUGGCUAAGUGGUUUAAACGAAAUGACUCAAGAAAAAGGAGAGUUCCCUGGAACAUACGUUGAAUUCUUGGGUAAGAAGAGGAUAUCUCCUCCAACUCCAAAACCACGACCUCCACGACCCUUGCCUGUUGCACCUGGAGCAGGAAAAGCUGAUUCAGACUCUGAGCAAGCAUCCACUCUUCAGGAUCUCACAGAACAGUUCUCUCCUCCUGACAUAGCCCCACCAGUGCUUGUAAAGUUGAUAGAAGCCAUAGAAAUAAAAGGUUUGGAUAACCAGACACUCUACCGAAACUUUGGGUCACACAUAGGUCCAGAGUUAAGACAGUGUUUAGAAAGUGGUGAUGCUGCUUCAGUUGAUUUUGAUCAGUUAGACCUACAGACUUUGUUGGAAGGUCUAAGAAGGUAUCUGCAGGAUCUGCCAAAUCCUGUCAUUCCAGCCUCUGUUUACAGUGAAAUGGUACAUGUGGCACAAGAGGUACAAAAUGCAGAGGAGUGUGCCCAGCUGCUGAAGAGGAUUGUCCGGUCACCCAAUGUGCCUCAGCAGUAUUGGCUUACGCUUGAUUAUCUAGUUAAGCAUUGUUGUAGAGUGUGCCAGCAUUCAAGCAAAAAUUUGCUAACUGCAAGACUUCUGGCUGAAGUUUUCAGCCCUUUGCUGUUCAGGCACCAGGCAGCAAGCUGUGAUUCAAAUCCUGAGCAUCACAUAAAGAUAAUAGAAGUUUUAAUAACCAGUGAAUGGAAUGAAAGUCAGGUUGCCCCAGCAUUGCCUCCGAAACCUCCUAAGCCUACUGCAGUUGCAAACAACGGUAUGAAUAACAACAUGUCCCUGCAAGAGGCAGAAUGGUACUGGGGUGAUAUAUCCAGGGAAGAAGUCAAUGAAAAGUUGAGGGACACAGCAGAUGGUACUUUCUUAGUUCGUGAUGCCUCAACGAAAAUGCAUGGGGAUUAUACGUUAACAUUAAGGAAAGGAGGAAACAACAAACUUAUUAAGAUAUUUCAUCGAGAUGGAAAAUAUGGUUUUUCAGACCCACUUACUUUUAACUCUGUGGUUGAGCUCAUAAACCAUUAUCGCCAUGAUUCACUUGCUCAGUACAACCCUAAGUUAGAUGUGAAGCUGCUAUACCCUGUGUCCAAGUUCCAGCAGGAUCAGGUUGUAAAAGAAGAUAGCAUAGACGCAGUUGGCAAGAAACUACAUGAAUAUCACCUCCUGUAUCAGGAAAAAAACAAAGAGUAUGAUAGACUAUAUGAAGACUAUACAAGAACAUCACAAGAGAUUCAAAUGAAAAGAACUGCUAUUGAAGCCUUUAAUGAGACCAUCAAAAUUUUUGAAGAGCAAUGCCAAACACAGGAACGAUACAGCAAAGAGUACAUAGAGAAAUUCAGGAGAGAAGGAAAUGAAAAAGAAAUUCAAAGAAUCAUGGUGAAUUAUGAGAAGCUGAAGUCUCGAAUCAGUGAAAUUGUAGAUAGCAAACGGCGUUUGGAAGAGGAUUUAAAGAAACAAGCAUCAGAUUACCGUGAGAUUGACAAACGCAUGAACAGUAUCAAGCCUGACCUUAUUCAGCUCCGAAAAACAAGAGACCAGUACUUAUUGUGGUUAACACAAAAGGGUGUAAGGCAGAAGAAACUCAAUGAAUGGUUGUGCAUGAAGAAUGAUAAUACAGAAGACCAAUACUCUAUGGUGGAAGAUGAGGAAGACUUGCCUCACCACAACGAGCAUUUAUGGAAACUGGGGAACAUCAACAGAACUCAAGCAGAAGCUUUGCUCCGAGGAAAGAGAGAUGGGACAUUCCUUGUCCGGGAGAGCAGCAAACAAGGCUGUUAUGCCUGUAGUGUUGUUGUGGAUAAUGAAGUGAAGCAUUGUGUCAUCAACAAGACUCCUACAGGAUAUGGGUUUGCAGAGCCAUACAACUUGUAUAGUUCCCUUAAAGAACUGGUGCUUCAUUACCAGCACACAUCACUUGUACAGCACAAUGACUCUUUGAAUGUGACUCUAGCAUACCCAGUUUAUGCACAGCAAAGACGAUGAAGGCAACAUGCUUUAUUGGACUGAUGGCCUCUUGAAAGGAAUACAAAGGAUGCCUUUGGAGCUGAGAAUGCCUGUGUAUGUUUUAUCAGGCCUGACAUGAGCCUACUGCACAUUUCAGCUGGAGAAGGAAAGAACGUGACAGUAAAUGGUGUCGAGCUGUGAAUGUACUUUUUUGAUUUUUUAGUGCUUUUAAAAAGAAAAAGAAAUAAACUGUUAAGAAAUAAAAGCACAAAAUGGGACUGCUAUACUAUCUCCUGGUCGGAGGACACAGAGGCCUUUUCUUAAUGGUGCUUGUUUACAUUCUUUUCAAAGCUUUACCAGCUGGAAUGUCAAACGCUGAGACAUGGGGUGCAAGAACUUUUUUUUGUACAGAUGGUUUUUUUUUUUUUUUUUUUUUGUAUUAUUUUUCAAAUUUUGUUGUUUGUUCUUGUGUGUGUGCGCGUGUGUGUGUGUAUAUAUAAAACCAGUUACCCUGUUUGGGAUGGGAAGCACCCAGUUUUCCUCCCCCAUCAGUCCAGCCUUCAUUUUUAGUGCUUGGACCAGGUGAUUUAUGUAGCAAAAUGGCACUUUCAAGUAACUGAAACUUCUCUUGAGAGGACUUGACUACGAAUGUGGUACAGCUUUGUAAAAUCUAACCUCAAGAUACUGAUUUUUUUUUUUUUUUUUCUCCUUUCAAGCACUAGUGGAAACUUGUGAAUGACUGUUUCCCCUGAUCUUUGGACUAAAAGCAGGAAAGACCGACAUGGUAUAUCAUAUUGUACAUAGUAAAGGAAGGACUUGAAGCAAAACUAUGUAAUAGAACCUAAAAUACCAAACAUUUUCUGCUCAUCCUUCAUUUUACGCUAAUUGUGCUAUGCAAAACUUCUGCUUUUUCCAUUCAGUGCUGAAUUUUUAUUUUAAAUUGUACCAUUAAUAUAAGCUUGUUUUUAUUUUCAUUUUUUAUUUGUGUCAUUGUCCCAUUACAUAUUUAACGAGAUCCCUCACUGCAUACCCACAAACAAUUGGCUUUAUUAUUAAUGAUUAAAAUAUACUUUCAUUUUUUGCAAUGACAAAACUUAUUUUUUGGUUUUAUGUAUUACAAAGAAUUUAUAUAAAAUGCUUUGUUGGACAAAGCUCGCUUAAGUUAACAGAACAUUUUUUUUUUUUUUUUUUUUUUUUUUUUUAAAUUUUCACCCCUAUCAUGCAUUAAUGAUUAUUUCUUUCUGAACCUGGAGGAUAUUUUUAUGUAACUGGGGGGUUGGGGGUUGGGAAUCCCAGAGACAGUGGAAUAUUCUAAUUUGAGGUUUUAAUGUAAAAAAAAAAAAGAAAGAAAUUGAAAGAAAACAGCCUAAUACAAUACAUCUGUUAAUCUUGAAAGAUCCCCACAUGCAUUGCCCUGAAAUGAAACAUCUGGGUGGUAUGAACGAUAGUCUAUGUGGGCAAAUUAACUUUAGAAAGGUCGGUGAGGAUGUCUUUUUUUUUAAUAUUGUAGUGUAUUUUCUGUAUCAGAAAACCCCUUUACUGUUUAAAAUUGAUGAAACUGGUAACUUGUGACAUACUUGUUAAAUUAAAUACCAGUACACUUUAAAAAACUGUUACAUGCACUAUAUAAAAUAUAGUAUCUAAAAAGCUAACAAUAAACAAUAAAAACACUUUUAAAGUUGUAUGCAUUUUAGAUCAGAUAGGGUUUAUUCUUUCUUUUUACAUCACUAAGGUUUUGGAGCAUUUUCUGUGCUGAGCACCAUUAAACUCUUUUCUGCCUUUACUAUUUUGCACUGUCAAGUAUGUGUCCUCUCAUACACAGGUAUUCAGAAUUGUUAUUUAUUCUGCCUGUCACUCAUUUCGCAAAGGUGUAUAUUUACACAUUUUAUUUAGUUGCAUAAAUAAAAGAUUAAACUAUUGAAGUGAGUGUAUUAAUACAAUAUUUUGUUGCCUGGUGAUCUGUAACUGUGUAAAAUUGCUUUUGCCCAGUGUUUGCAUGUGUUUCCUCUUUGGUCACUUUUAGUAAGUAUUUUUUUUUUUUAUCAGAUACUAAAUUUACAGGUAAAAUGCACAGAAUAGACUGUACACCUGAAACCCAUAAUGAGUACUUCAUUCUAUAUUUGUCCCACUCUUUAAAUUUAAAGUGGCAGUAUAUUUUAAACUAUUGCCUUAGUUUGUGCCAGUAGCAACAGGCUUGGGACAGCAAUUUACCAUGGAAGGGUUGCCAGGCUGUCAUACACUUAACACAUAUGUACACUUGUUUGGUCAUAUUGGUUCAGUUUAGGGUCCACCCUAAACUGAGUCUAUUAAGUUAACAUGCUUGUCUUUAAGGUAUCAGUGGAAAAUUAAAUAAUGAACCUGGAGUACACCCUCACAGUUUACGAGAAUGGGAAGAGUUGUAGGAAUCUGGUACAAACUACCAAGUCAUGUAGUUGAAUCAGAAAUCUUGACAACCUUUGAGAAGUAUCUGGAUGAGAUUUAGGGUCAGCUUAGCUGUCAGCUAACCAAACGAGCUUUCAUGGCACUGAAUGGUCUCUCUCUCAUUUGUGAAAUUUCUUAUAUGCAGGCCUGGAUCCUAAAAGCAAUGAAGUGCAAGCUUGAACUAUUGCAUUACUAGUCUCACAUCUGGGGACAGCAUGUUAAAAGUUUAUAGCGAAUAGCAGCAAAGCCUGCCACUGCAAAGGCUCCGCCCACUGGGUUUCUUCCUAAAACACCCGCCUGCACUCUUCCAGUUCGUGCCAUGGAUUCAGGGUGAUAGGAAAAGAUACUGAGCUUAAGACUUGAAGCUGCCAGAAAAUAAAACUAAAAUUGUUAUUAUCCGUUCAGGAGCUCAGUAACUAAAGCUUUUAAGGUUAAUUUGUACAUUUUAAUGAGUGUAGCAACAGAAGAGACAGACAGACACGCAUACGUGUAGGACACUGCAGGUUCUUGGUCAAAGUGUUUCUGUCUGCUACAAAUUCUGUCAUUCUGAAUAUUGCAGCAUUUUAUGGUAUGAAAACAGCAAAUACAGUUUAGAAAGCACAGUGCUGUGUAGAUAAUACUACGUGUUAAAAUGCAGCAGCUAUAUUCUGGCAUGGCAUGUUUGCAUUUCCAGUUAGACAGUAAUGUUUACUUCCUUUAGUUUAGAUGUGCAGUUAGAAGGUGGAUAUUGUGCAGCUUUGUCCGUGCUUCUGCUGGUGUCAUUACAAACUUUUACUGAUUUGUGUGUUUAGUACACCAAAAUCUGCAUCUCCCGUGGCACUGAUUUUCUCUUCCUUUUUGGCUAGAUGUGACAUUUAUUUCAAAUGCAUAUCUUGCAAUUCAUAUUUUCAUCUAUAUAGCUGCCAGUUCUUUCAGCCUUCCCUUGAUUUCAUUACUGUUGUAACCGAAAAACAGCGAGCACACACAGCACCUGCGAUAACGUAUUGUUCACUUUUACCAUUGGUCCAUUGAUGUCUUUGAAUGCCAAUGUAUAAUCUGAUGUUAUCCCCUGCAACAGGUUAUGCUUUUUUUAUCACAUGCAACACUCAUUGAUAUGUUUAAAAUUAGUCUUUUUAGAUAGAUAGAUAGAUAGAUACUUUUUUAAUCCCAAUGGGAAAUUCACAAAACACCUUUUUUUAGGAGACUUUUCCACCAUAGACAGUUUAUCGUAAUCAGAAGCUUGCCAUUCUGUCAGGCCAGGUUAACAAGAGCACACCUUUAUUCUUCUUUGCAGCCCCAAAUCCACCUUUCUUCUUUGAGUGUCACCUUCAUGAGGCAUUGAAAUGGUCUAGAAAUGUGACAAGUCGGUGAGCCUUCUAACUGUUCCCAUACAGUUUUAAGCAUCAUUCACUCAUUAUGGUCUCCAGACGUUUAUAAAUAGAAUUCUGAAGGUCUUCCAACUUGCCGGGAGAACUCAUGGGGUGGUGGUAGGAUUGGCACUCCAGCCACUGUAAAAAGCCUCACACCGUUCCAUUCCAUUCGAAGUAGUGUGGUGCUGGGGUGUCGCCCGUUCCACGUGGGUGCGCUCAGGUCCUAAUUUGAGAUCCUGAAGUGGUUCAUCGUGUGGUGGGUGCAGCAACGCGCCGUAACAAUGAAUGUUCCCAACCUUUCUUCUCUCUGGCUCAGCGAGACUACUGCACCAACCUUCCUGGCAACGAGAGAUACUGAUUGGCAAAAUAAGGAGUGGAUUGUGCAUUCUGGUUUUGCCUUUUUCAGUUAACCCAAUGUACUGGAGGGGUUAUUUGUAACACUAUAAUAAUUUCAUUAGUAGGUCAUUAAUAACAUUAUGAGGUUAUACAGAUUAUUAGUUUCUAUACAUUCAAGUGGUUGUUUGUAUACAUCAUUAAAUGAGAGCUCAUUUGUUGAUAACGCUUUAUAAUAACU